ACAGAUGGAUAUUCUUGCAACGUUUGAUACAAAAUCACCUUUACUAUUGCAAUCAAUAGAUCCUCUCACACGCUGAUAAUGCAGUGUUUGUGUGAGGCACAGACAGACAGAUAGAUGCAUGGAUAAUCUAUAUUGCACUACUUAAACAGUUUAGUUAGAGGGCUCUCCAGAUGUUGGAUGGGAUGCUGUAAGAGAAUGAGGAAAUAACCUUGGUGAAAAAAUGAGUGAGCUGUCAAGAAGAAGAAGAAGGAGAAUUCAGGCUUGGGAAACGUAAACAGACAUUCGUAGUGACCCAACCUUGACUUUAAAGGGGGCAGUCUUUCAAGAAUGAUGUCAACUCUCUUAACUAGGCCAAAUCAGGAAACAGAUACCAUAAGAAUUCCAGGAAUGCUAAUUUAUUGAGGCGACUGCUUUGUUUUUGAUGCUUUCCUAUCUGUGUGGACUUCUGGUGACUGUCUGGGCAGGUCCCCGUGGUUUACUUGGUUGCUAUCAUUAAGUGAGGACCUCACAUGAUUACAACUUGUGACUUCCUGCCCGCUUCCCCAUUGACUUUGCUUGUGGGAAACGGGCAAUCAAGAUCAUGUCAUGUGACUACGGGAUGCUGCAAGUGUCAGAAGGAUGAGCUGGUUGCUAGGCACCCAAAUCGCAGUCACAAGACUGCAGGGACCUUGAAAAGGAUGCAGUUUGGAGGAUGGGCGUAAGCUUCUUGUUCAAUGCCGUUUCUACCGUCACUGAAUGAAUGGUCAUUAACUGAGAGUACCUCUGAUGGCUUUUCUUCCCUCCCCCCUUUUUUUUGCAGCUGUCCAUGCCGUCAAUAACAAUCCCACAUAUCCCCCAUUUCCCGAAGGAAUGCAAAUGGCAAUAUUUGGCAUGGGAUGUUUCUGGGGAGCAGAAAGAAUGUUUUGGAAACUAUCGGGGGUCUUCUCCACACAGGUGGGAUUCUCAGGAGGCUUCACUCCCAAUCCUACCUACAAAGAAGUCUGCAGUGGGACGACAGGACAUGCAGAGGUGGUCCGUGUAGUAUUUGACCCACAGAAGAUCAGCUAUGAAAAGCUCCUCCAAUUCUUCUGGGAGAACCACGAUCCAACCCAAGGAAUGAAGCAGUACGAAGACAUUGGCACCCAGUAUCGCUCGGCCAUCUACACUAUCGGAGCAGAACAACUGGAAUCUGCUUUAAGAUCCAAGGCAACGUAUGAACAGGAGUUGGCUAAGAAGCAACGGGGACCCAUCACGACAGAGAUCCGGGCGGGCGACGAAUUCUACUACGCCGAAGAUUACCACCAGCAAUAUCUGCACAAAAACCCAGAUGGCUUUUGCGGCCUGCAAGGCACCGGUGUGUCCUGCCCCGUAGGCAAAUGAGAAAUUCCCCAAUGGGAGCAUCCUUGGGAGCCACAGUAAUCAUAACCCUUGAACGGUUACCAUGGCAACCGGCGGCCUAGCAUUUUCGUAAUUCAACUGUGAUUUAGCAACGGGGGCCUUUGUUCCUUUCUUUUGUGUCUUGUAGUACCCGGUAAGGUUUAGGGGUCAGGGCAAAAAUGGGCAGCCUGCUGGACGAAUGUGCUGCAAAUGUUAAAUUCUUUGCAUGAGAGUGAUAGAUAUCAUUUCCAUCCCACCGCAGAUGUUUGGGAUCGCCUAACAAGAUGCUGAUAAAUACCCAUUAUGACUUUGUCCCUUCCCCCAUUUCUCUACCAUCCCCAAGGAAACUGAUGGAGCCAAUUCUGAUUCCUCCAUCUUUGCAGUGAAUUUGGUUAUCGAGCAUGGGUAGUCCCCCAACUUACAACCGCACUUGGGACCAGAAAAUCCAUUGCUUAAGUAAGACAGUUGCUGAGUGAAUCGUGCCUGGUUUUACAAAAUUUUUCCGUGGUUGUUAAGCGAAUCACUGCAAUUAACUGAAUCACGCAGUCAUUAAGAGAAUCCAGCUUCUGCCAUUAAAUUAGUUUGUUGGAAACUUGUUUUGACCUAGGUUUCCCAAGAGCAUGAAGCAAACUCCUUGUCCCAACAAAAACCCUUUUUAUUAAUUUACUGUGAUUUC